AUGGAGACGCUCAGGCGGAUUUUCUACUACCUCACCAAUCUCGAAUGGACGGAGCGGAAACAGCACGUCUGCAUAUUCUGCGACCGCAAGAAUUUCGCCAAGAUAGUUUACGAGGAUGAAAAACUCAUCGUCAUCAGCAAUCGACGCCUGGCAGGGCAGAUACACUGGCUCAUUCUGCCCAAGGAGCACGCCGUGAGAGAUAUUGAGAAUCUCGACUCUUCACAUCUACAACUCUUGCAAUCCAUGGAUGAAGUGAAACGCCGCCUGGUUCAGGAGCACUGUCCCGAUAUACCCCCAUCUUGGAUACACUCUGGCUACCAUCGAGGUCGACGGCCACUGAUAGGCAGCAUCUACUAUCCCGACAUUGUUUCGAUUCACCAUUUGCAUCUCCACGUCAUAGUGAAACCCAAGCGAAUGCUUCUCUGGUUCAAGUACCCGCCUUGGCUGCGUCUCAUGUGGAAGUCGGACGACAGAGUGCUUCGCGAGGUUGAGAUGCUAUCGUCAAAGCAGAUAUAG